AUGGGACAAUAUGCUUCUGCUGAGAGAUACCUGUUGCAGGCAGUUGUGAUACGCGCAUCUUCACUCGGAGAGGAGCAUACUGAUACGUUGACGAGUAUGAACAACCUAGCGUCAACAUUUGGGAAUCAAGGCCGAUGGAAGGAGGCGGAAGAGAUAGGGGUACAGGUGCUAGAUAUAAGUAAGAGAGUCCUCGGAGAGGAGAAUAUUAAUACGUUGAUAAGCAUGAAUAACCUAGCGUUUCUAUAUAGGAAACAAGGCCGAUCGAAGGAGGCGGAAGAGAUACAUGUACAGGCGCUAGAUAUAAGUAAGAGAGUCCUCGGAGAGGAGCACCCUGCUACGUUGACAAGUAUGAAUAACCUAGCGGUAACAUAUAAGGAUCAAGGCCGAUCGAAGGAGGCGGAAGAGAUAGAGGUAAAGGUGCUAGAUAUAAGGAAGAGAGUCCUUGGAGAGGAACACCCUCAGACGUUGACGAGCAUGAACGACCUAGCGUCAACAUAUCAGGAUCAGGGCCGAUUGGACGAGGCGGAAGAGAUAGGGGUACAGGUGCUAGAUAUAAGGAAGAGAGUCCUUGGAGAGGAACACCCUCAUACGUUGACGAGUAUGAAUAACCUAGCUAACACAUGGAAAGACCAAGGCCGUCGGAAGGAUGCAUUGCAAUUGAUGCGAGAAUGCCUUGGUCACCGAAAGCGUUGCCUUGGAUCGGAUCACCCGGAUACUGAGUCCUCCUCUGCAUUAAUUGUGGAAUGGGAAGAAGAGGAUUCAUCUGAGAAUAAUGAGGCAUUGUCUACAAAAGAAGACGAAUAUGGGCAUGGUCUGGAGGAGUCUGAUAUUAUUUAA